AUGCCCCCCCCAUGCCCCCCCCAGGUGAUCACCCCCGAGGAGAUCGUGGACCCCAACGUGGACGAGCACUCGGUGAUGACGUACCUGUCCCAGUUCCCCAAGGCCAAGCUCAAACCGGGGGCCCCCCUGCGCCCCAAACUCAACCCCAAGAAGGCCCGAGCCUACGGCCCAGGGAUCGAGCCCACCGGGAACAUGGUGAAGCAACGGGCCGAGUUCACGGUGGAGACCAUCAGCGCGGGGCAGGGGGAUGUGCUGGUCUACGUGGAGGACCCCGCCGGGCACCGGGAGGAGGCUAAAGUGGUGGCCAACAACGACAAGAACCGGACCUUCUCCGU